CAAAUUUUUAAUUAUAAAAUUAUGCAUUUGAGGGUUAAGAAUUUAAACUAAGUAGGUAGUACAUCAGUCUUUGGAUACAUAGUGUCCAUAGUAAGGAUUAAAAUAUAGCAAUAUGUAUCAAUUACAGCACAAUGCCCGUGGACCUGUACUACGUACCCGGCUCAGCACCCUGCCGAACAGUGCUGCUGGCGGCCAAGGCUCUGAAUGUCGACCUUAACCUGAAACUCGUCGACCUGCAUCACGGAGAACAUUUGAAGCCAGAGUACCUGAAGCUCAAUCCCCAACACACGGUGCCGACUUUAGUGGACGAUGGUUUCUCCAUCUGGGAGUCCCGAGCGAUCAUCACCUACUUGGCCAACAAAUAUGGGAAGGGCAGCUCGCUCUACCCCGAGGAGCCGAAAGCGCGCGCCAUGGUAGACCAGCGCCUAUACUUCGACAUUGGAACUCUCUACCAGAGGUUUUCUGAUUAUUUCUACCCACAAGUAUUCGGCGGUGCACCAGCGGAUAAGGAGAAGUUGGCCAAAGUGGAAGAUGCCUUGAAGUUACUGGACCUGUUCCUGGAGGGACAGAAGUUCGCAGCAGGCCCAUCCCUCACACUCGCUGACCUCAGUCUAGUCGCCUCCGUCUCCAGCAUGGAAGCAUCAGAUAUCAACUUCACCAAAUACAACAAUAUUAAGAGAUGGUAUGAGACAGUGCAAAGAACAGCGCCCAGCUACGAAGAGGCCAACGGCAAGGGACUCCAGGCCUUCAAGGAAUUAGUGAAAAACAUGAUGAAGAAGUAACAUAACACUUGGAAACCUUCACCAUAUGUAUCACUGAUUAUUUAAACUUCAAUUCCUUCAUAGAUAGGAACUGCCACAAAACAUUCAAAGUUCAUUCCAUUUUGAUUGUCACGUUUUCGGAAUGUAAGACUUUUUAAUCGUUUGUACUGUUGUAAAGUUUAUUUAGGAUAUAAGGCACAAAUAAAUUAUGUUUGAAAAUAUUU